AUGGUGGCACCCGAUUGGAGUUUGCCAUUUGAACUGAUGUGUGAUGCUAGUGAUGUAGCUAUUGGUGCUGUCUUCGGUCAGAGACAAAACAAGAUUAGAGUAUUUGAUGAUGCGUGCCUGAGGAGGAGAUGGAAUGGAUUCCACAUCACUGCCAUGACAGAGAGGUGCCAAAGAACAGGGAAUAUAGCUAGGAAACAUGAGAUGCCCUUGAACAAUAUUAUUGAAUGUGAAUUAUUUGAUGUUUGGGGGAUAGACUUUAAGGGACUUUUUCCUAAUUCAUUUUCUAAUAAAUACAUCCUUGUGGCAGUCGACUAUGUUUCUAAGUGGGUGGAAGCUGAGGCAUUUAGAACAAAUGAUGCUAGGGUGGUUGUUAAAUUUUUAAAGAAACAUAUUUUUACUAGAUUUGGCACCUCUAGGGCAAUUAUUAGUGAUGGUGGGACACAUUUUUGCAAUAAACAAUUUGAUAAUCUUUUGAAAAAAUAUGGGAUCACACAUAAGGUUGCCACUCCUUAUCACCCACAAACUAGUGGCCAAGUAGAGGUAUCUAAUAGGGAACUGAAACGAAUUUUAGAAAAUACCAUUAUCUCUAGAAAAGAUUGGUCUUUGCGACUGGAUGAUGCAUUGUGGGCAUAUAGAACAGGUUUUAAAACCCCCAUUUGUAUGUCCCCAUAUACACUAGUUUUUAGGAAAGCAUGCCAUCUCCUUGUCGAACUUGAGCAUCAUGCAUAUUGGGCUACAAAAUUUCUUAAUUUUGAUAUGCAAGCUAUAGGUGAAAAUAGGUUGCUGCAAUUGAAUGAGAUGGAUGAAUUUCAGAGUCAUGCUUAUGAGAAUGCGAAGAUCUAUAAAGAGAGAACAAAAAAAUGGCAUGACAAGCAUAUCACAAAAACAGAAUUCAUUGAAGGGGAAAGGGUUUUGCUCUAUAAUUCUAGAAUCAGACUUUUUCCAGGUAAGUUAAGGUCCAAAUGGUCAGGACCUUUCACAGUCACCCAAGUAUUUCCUUUUGGCGCCAUUGAGAUUUCCCAUGAGGAGAAAGGCACGUUCAAGGUGAAUGGACAACGUCUCAAGCAUUAUGAAGAUGGAGGAUGGAAAAAAGAUAAGAUCUCCAUGGCAUUGCAUGAACCAGAAUAA